GAUUCAUGUCAUAAAAAAUAAAAAAAAAACAAAAAUCCCGAGAUUGAGAAAUAAGGGAGAAGAAGGAGAAUUUGAAAACGAAUCCAAAAAAACCCAAAUCAAAUCUGAGAUUAUCCCAAUGCACUACUGGGUUCGUUUUUUUUUAUUUUUUAUGAACACAGGCAUUUUCUCGGUUUGAUUUGCGUGUGAGAAUAAAAAAAUUGUGUAUUGUUGCGAUUUUUUUUUUUGAAAUUUUGUUGGGAUUUUAUUGUUGUUCACAAAUGGAAAUGGAGGUGGAGAAGAAGUAUAUUUCUGCAGAGGAGCUGAAGAAGCACAAGAAGCCUAGAGAUUUAUGGAUCUCUAUCCAGGGCAAGGUUUACAAUGUGUCCGAUUGGGCGAAAGAUCACCCCGGCGGCGAUACGAUUCUGUACAAUCUGGGUGGCCAGGAUGUUACAGACGCCUUCAUCGCCUACCAUCCCGGCACUGCAUGGCAGUACCUCAAGAAAUUCUCCACCGGAAUUUAUCUCAAAGAUUUCGAGGUCUCCGAGGUGUCGAAAGAUUACAGAAGAAUGGCCACGGAGUUUUCGAAGGCGGGUUUGUUCGAGAAGAAGGGACACGGCGCUCUGUGCUCAAUCGUGAUCAUUGCCAUCAUGCUCAACCUCGUCGUGUGCGGAGUUUUGAAAUCCGACAGCGUCUUGGUACAUUUGAUCUGCGGGAUGCUUCUGGGGAUGUUGUGGAUUGAGGGAGCUUACAUCGGACACGAUUCGGGGCAUUACCAGGUAAUGUCGAGCCGGUUUUACAACAACAUUGCCCAGAUUGUUGCCGGUAAUUGCUUCACCGGAAUCAGCAUUGCCUGGUGGAAGUGGACGCACAAUGCCCACCACAUUGCCUGCAACAGCCUCGAUUACGACCCGGAUCUCCAGCACAUUCCGGUUUUUGCUGUCUCCGCAAAGUUUUUCAAUUCGAUCACCUCGAUUUUUUACGGGAGAGUUUUGACGUUUGAUCCUCUGGCAAGGCUUUUGGUCAGCUACCAGCAUUUUACAUAUUACCCGGUUAUGAUGGUGGGGAGGGUUAAUUUGUUUAUCCAGACAUUCUUGCUCUUGUUUUCGAGGCGGAAUGUCCCGAACAGGGGAUUGAACAUCAUCGGAAUCCUUGUUUUCUGGACAUGGUUUCCCCUCCUCGUUUCGUGUCUGCCCAAUUGGAGUGAGAGGGUUAUGUUUGUGCUGGCAGCAUUUGCAGUGACGUCGCUCCAGCACAUCCAAUUCACGUUGAAUCAUUUCUCCGGCGACACCUAUCUCGGUGCCCCCAAUGCCAAUGACUGGUUCGAGAAGCAAGCCGCGGGGACUAUCGAUAUCUCCUGCUCAACUUGGAUGGAUUGGUUCUUUGGCGGCCUGCAGUUCCAGCUCGAACAUCAUUUGUUUCCGCGAAUGCCUCGCGGACAACUGAGGAAGAUUGCUCCAACUGUGAAGGAGUUGUGCAAGAAGCACAAUUUGCCAUACAGGAGCUUGUCCUUCUGGGAGGCCAAUGUGUCCACAAUUAGGACUCUAAGGAAUGCUGCGCUUCAGGCUAGGGACCUGUCCAAUCAAGUCCCGAAGAACUUGGUCUGGGAAGCUUUGAACACUCAUGGCUGAGACUUGCUCGAGACCGUGUCAAUAUGUAUUUACUGCCCCAGAAACACACACAUUGAUUCGCUUACAUUGCCAUUUUUUUUACAAGUUUGGGGCAUCUAUCUAGCACGAAGAAGACGAUUAUCGAUGAGCUGGGUUUUGUCGAUUGUGAAUUUGGUAUCAUUUCGUUUGGCAUUUCUCUUCUGCAAUAUUGAUACAAAGUUAUAGAGGUGUAUCUCUCUGAAACUGUAUUUGCGUUGGUCAGGCCUUCUGUAAUACUUGCAGAUAUUAGUUUGAUGAAAGGCAAUUUCUUUACCAAGUA